AUGGAUGACUUCGAGCUGAUGGGCGAUGCGAGCGAUACGGACAUGGCGGAGCAGCACGAAGUCACAGACGCCGACUAUCGCUACACGGAACAGCAGGAGGACACGGACGGCGACUAUCGCCGCACGGAACAGCUCGAGAACACGAACCCCGACUAUCGCUACACGGAGCAGCAUGAGAACACGAAUGCCGGCUAUACUCGUACACAUCAGCGCCGAGUUUACUACGACGCGGGUCCCGCCGGUGGCGAUCCGGAGCAGCGGCAGGUGUAUUACGACACGGACGAAUCGCUUGCAGCGAGCGACGGCGACGACGACGACGACGACGAGGAGAGCGUUCUCGGUGACGACGACUUCGGAUUCUCAUGGCGCCGACGAGGCGCUCAGCGGGGCGGUUCCCGAUCGUUCCAAGACAACUCCGACGACGAUAAUGAUCUCCUGGAAGGCCCGGAGGACGUGAGCGCGCGGCAGGUGCGGCGGGGGCGGGACAUUCAGGGGAUCCCGUGGGAGCGGCUGCACUUGAGUCGGGAGAAGUACCGCGCCAUGCGGCUGCAGCAGUACAAGAACUACAAGAACCUCGACGUCUCGUUGGAUGUUGUUGAUAAGGAAGUGCAGCAGGUAACGACAGGCAGCAACCUCUACGAGUUCACGCACAACACGCGGGCAGUCAAGUCCACCAUCGUGCACUUCCAGCUGCGCAACCUCGUGUGGGCCACGUCAGCGCAUGACGUGUACUCGCUGCACCACCACGUCAUCAACCACUUCUCCCCGCUCACGCGCAAGUCCACCCCGGUCCUGGACCUCGGAAACCCCCUCGUCGCCAGGCGCCACGCCCCCCCUCACGCCCACGCGCCCACAGCUGGCGCGCGGGGCGCAGGGGGAGCGGGGGGCGCGGGGGGUGCAGUAGGCAGGGGGGAUCAGCGCAGCGGAGUGCAGCUGGAGCCUUCUGCGCGGGCGAUUUACACGGGGGCCAUGCCUUCCGCUGCAGGCUCCGCUGGUGCUGGGAGAAGCAACAGCAGUAGCAGCGGUACAGAGGAGGGCAGAGCGGUGCUGGGGAGAGAAGCAGGGGGACUGGCGCUUUCUCAACAGCAGCAGCAGCAGCAGCAGCAGCAGCAGCAGGAGGGGGUGUGGGAGGCGGUGGAUCGGGUGCAAGUGAGCACCAUGUGCGUCAGACACGGGCUGCUCGUAGCAGGGGGCUUCCACGGGGAGAUGGUCUGCACCAGGCUCGGCACAGGCUCGGAAGCGGACGCAGGCUCGGGGUCGGAAGCAGGAGUGGCGUUCACAGGGCGGGUAUCCCGGGAUCAGAGUGCCAUCACGAACGCUGUUGAGAUCUUCAGAGCUAAGAGUGGAGCACUGAGCGUGCUCACAUCCAACAACGACUGUGUGGUGAGGGACUUCGACGUCGCCACCUUCUCCAUCCUCUCCCGCCACGCCUUCCCCUGGCCCGUCAAUCACACGGCAGUGGCACCGGACAGCACGCUCGUGUCAGUGGUGGGGGACGACCCCGAAGCAUUGCUACUCAACCUCACCUCGGGCAAGGUUGUAGCGCGCAUGCAGGGCCACGUGGACUACUCCUUCGCUACAGCCUGGCACCCGGGCGGCAACCUCUUUGCCACGGGCAACCAGGACACCACGUGCCGAGUGUGGGACCGCCGGCGACUUGACUCCUCCCUGUUCACGCUCAAGGGGCGCUUGGGGGCCAUUCGGUCGCUCAGAUUCACCAGCGAUGGCAGGUUCAUGGCCAUGGCUGAGCCAGCAGACUUCGUGCAUGUCUUUGACACCAGUAGCGGGUUCACCCGAGCACAGGAGAUUGACAUAUUCGGCGAGAUUGCGGGGAUAUCGUUUUCCCCCGAUACAGAGGCGCUCUUUAUUGGCGUGGCAGAUCGCACAUACAGUAGUCUCCUGGAGUACACCCGCGCACACUCGUACGCUUAUCUUGAUGCUUGCAUGUAA